UUACAUCUUCAAUUUUUGCCUCUCUCUCAAAAAGGUCCCCGAAAACAAUAACUAUCAAAAAAACGAAAAAAAUUCUCUCAUUUUCCCUCUCCCGAAAAUAGAAUAACAAAACCCAGUUUCAAUUUUUGAAGGUGCUAUUGGAGUAUUGGGUAGGUUAUCUUCCAUCUGAUGUGAUUCAGGACACGAUGGAAGAAAAACAUGAGCCAGUUGACGAUAUAGAGAGUGCUUCUAGUGAUUCUUCUUUUAUUGAAUCAGAUGAUGAUGGCGAUGAAUAUGAUGAUGAACCAUGUAAUUCUGGACAGGAUGAUGGAAUGCAUCUCGAGGAACCUUUGACUGAACAAGAAGUAGAAGAGCUAGUGGCUGAGUUGCUGGAAGUUGAGAGCAAGGCUGCAGAGGCUCAAGAAACACUCGAACAAGAGUCUCUUUCCAAAGUAGAGAAUGAAGUGAGAGAGGAGUUGGCACAAUCUCUUCAUGGUGAUGAUCUGGAGGCAGCUGUUGAAAAUGAGAUGACUGCUUUUAAGGAGGAGUGGGAAACUGUGCUCGAUGAGCUAGAGACUGAGAGUGCUGAUUUGUUGGAACAACUUGAUGGGGCUGGCAUUGAACUCCCAAGCCUUUAUAAGUGGAUUGAAAGUCAAGCUCCAAAUGUCUGCCAGACUGAAGCUUGGAAAAAUAGGGCACAUUGGGCAGGAUCACAAGUUACGAGCGAAAUAACAGAGGUAGUAGCUGAUGCUGAGAAGUAUCUUCAUAGCCACAGGCCUGUCAGAAGACAUUAUGGAAAGUUAUUGGAGGAGGGUGCUAGUGGAUUUCUGGAGAAAAAACUUUCUACCGACGGAACAAGGGAUGAUGUGGCCGGAAAUAGAGAUGUAGAUUGGGACUCCGUCAAUAAACUAUUCUCAAUUGGUCAUGGUAAGGAUGCUGCUUCAUUUGGUAGCAAGCAUUGGGCUUCUGUCUACUUGGCCAACACUCCACAGGAAGCAGCAGAAAUGGGACUCAAAUUUCCUGGUGUUAAUGAGGUCGAGGAGAUUGAAGACAUUGAUGGUGGUUCAACUAAUCCAUUUAUUGCUGCUGCCGUAGCAAAUGAAAAGGAUCUAGUUCUUUCGGAGGAUCAGAGGAAAAAUUAUAGAAAGGUCAAAGAGGAAGAUGAUGCUAUAAUAGAUAGGAAACUUCAAUUUCAAUUGAAACAAAGAAGACGCCGUAAGAGAUCCAAACAGGUUCUGGAAGGUAAGACAGACAGGGCAGAAAAUCUUCUGCAUGCAUGUGACAUUUCUAAUGGGGACACUCUCGAACCUGGAGAGGAAGUGUUCAAUAACUCUAAUGAGUUGAAAUUUGAAAACCUAGAGAAAGAUCUUUCCAAAAGCUCCAAGGACUUGCAUGCAGAUUCUUUGCACAGUGAAGGUGAACCCAGAAGGUCCAAACGUCCAAAUGAGAGUGAGGAUUCAACAAAUGAGGCUAAGAAGAUCCGAACUGUUAUCGUAGGCAGUGAUGAUGAACUUGAGGCUGGUAUGGAUGAUUCAGUUGGCAAUGCCAAUAAAGUGGAGGAUGAAUCAACUUUGCUAGAACACAAUAGGGAAUCUAAUGCCAAUGGCCAUCUUUCGGAGGGUGUGAAUGAGGAGUUUAACUGCACUGUCUGUGAUAAGAUUGCUGUUGAAGUGCAUUCACAUCCACUUUUGAAGGUCAUUAUUUGCACAGACUGCAAAUUCGUAAUUGAGGAGAAGACGCAUAUGAAGGAUCCUGAGUGUUCUGAAUGCUACUGCGGAUGGUGUGGAAGAAGCAAUGAUUUAGUAAGUUGCAAGUCAUGCAAAACCUUGUUUUGUACCACUUGUAUAAAGAGGAAUUUUGGUGAAGAAUGUUUGUCUGAAGCACAAGCUUCCAGGUGGGAAUGCUGUUGUUGCUCUCCUAAUCAGCUACAAAGAUUGACAUCAGAGCUGGAGCAAGCCAUAGCAUCUGAAGAUUCAAUGGAUACAAGCUCUGAUAGUGAGUCAGAGGACUCGGAUGCAGAUAUUUCUGUUACAAUCAGAAAUAAGAAAAAGAAGAACAAGAAGAAGAACAAGAAGAAUAUUCGAAGGAUCCUUGAUGAUGCUGAAUUAGGAGAAGAGACCCAAAGGAAAAUUGCAAUUGAAAAGGAACGUCAAGAACGCUUGAAGUCCUUGAAAGUGCAAUUUACUGAAAAAUCCAAGAUGAUGACUUCUGCAAGCUGCAACGGGAAUUUACCUGAAGGUGCUAGUGUUGAAGUACUUGGAGAUGCUGCAACAGGUUACAUAGUGAAUGUUGUGAGGGAAAAAGGUGAAGAUGCUGUCAGGAUCUUUCCGAGCAUUUCUAGUAAAUUGAAAGCACAUCAGGUGGCUGGGAUAAGAUUUAUGUGGGAGAAUAUUGUUCAGUCAAUUGGGAAAGUGAAAUCUGGAGAUCGAGGUCUUGGUUGCAUCUUAGCUCAUACGAUGGGCCUUGGUAAAACUUUUCAGGUCAUUGCUUUCCUCUAUACUGCUAUGAGAGGUGUUGAUUUGGGAUUAAGAACUGCACUUAUUGUUACUCCUGUGAAUGUUCUUCACAAUUGGCGGCAGGAAUUUGUAAAAUGGAGGCCUUCAGAAACAAAGGCCCUCCGUGUUUUCAUGCUGGAAGAUGUUUCAAGGGAUAGAAGAGCACAUUUGCUUGCAAAAUGGAAAGCUAAGGGUGGUGUUUUUCUAAUUGGCUAUGCCGCUUUUAGAAACUUAUCUCUGGGAAAGAAUGCCAAGGAUCGAAACAUGGCAAGAGAACUUUGUCAAGCAUUGCAGGAUGGACCUGAUAUACUUGUAUGUGAUGAAGCCCAUAUUAUUAAGAACACCAGAGCAGAAACAACCCAGGCAUUGAAACAAGUGAAAUGUCAGAGGAGGAUUGCAUUAACCGGCUCACCUUUGCAGAACAAUCUAAUGGAAUAUUAUUGUAUGGUUGAUUUUGUGAGAGAAGGUUUUCUUGGCGAUAGCCAUGAGUUUAGGAACCGGUUCCAAAAUCCUAUAGAGAAUGGACAGCAUACUAAUUCAACUGCCAAUGAUGUGAAAAUUAUGAAUCAAAGGUCUCAUAUCCUUUAUGAACAAUUAAAAGGAUUUGUACAAAGAAUGGACAUGAGCGUGGUGAAGAAAGACCUGCCACCUAAAACUGUUUAUGUAAUAGCAGUAAAGCUCUCUCCACUACAGAGAAAAUUAUACAAGAAGUUCCUUGAUGUUCAUGGAUUCACAAAGGGCAUAGUCUCCAACGAAAAGAUAAGGAAGAGUUUUUUUGCCGGAUAUCAGGCAUUAGCGCAGAUAUGGAACCAUCCUGGGAUUCUGCAAUUGAGAAAAGAUAAAGAUCACAUCACUCAUGAUGAAACUAUUGAGAAUUUUAUUGCAGAUGAAAGUUCCAGUGAUGAAAAUGUAGAUUAUAACACUGUCAUUGGAGAGAAGCCGAGGAAUGCAAAUGAUUUGUUGCAGGGAAAAAGCGGGAAUGGAUUUUUUCAAAAGGGUUGGUGGCAUGAUCUUCUUCAAGAAAAUAAUUACAAAGAGCUUGAUUACAGUGGCAAAAUGGUAUUGCUGCUUGACAUAUUGACUGCCUCUUCUCAUGUGGGUGAUAAGGUGUUAGUUUUUAGCCAGAGCAUACCAACUUUAGAUCUCAUUGAAUUUUAUCUUUCAAGAUUGCCUCGGCAUGGGAAGAAAGGAAAGUUAUGGAAAAAAGGAAAGGAUUGGUACAGAUUGGAUGGAAGAACAGAGAGUUCUGAAAGGCAAAGAAUGGUUGAGAAAUUUAAUGAUCGUGAGAAUAAAAGAGUUAAAUGCACUCUCAUUUCAACCAGAGCUGGGUCUCUAGGGAUUAAUCUUCAUUCUGCUAACCGUGUAGUUAUUGUUGAUGGUUCGUGGAAUCCAACAUAUGAUCUUCAAGCUAUUUAUCGGGCUUGGAGGUAUGGCCAAACCAAACCGGUGUUUGCUUAUAGAUUGAUGGCACAUGCAACCAUGGAAGAGAAAAUCUAUAAGCGUCAGGUGACAAAGGAGGGGCUUGCUGCAAGGGUGGUUGAUAGACAACAAGUCCAUCGGACUAUAUCGAAAGAAGAAAUGUUGCAUCUCUUUGAAUUUGGUGAUGAUGAAAACUCCGACCCUCUAACUGCGCUUGGCCGAGAGGAUAGACAAAUAGAUGACCAGAACACGAGCCACCUAGUUGGAAAUUCAUUGAAGCAGAAGGUGCCUGCCAGCUGCUGCUCUGACAAGUUAAUGGAGAGCUUACUUAGCAACCACCAUCCAAGGUGGAUCGCCAAUUACCACGAGCACGAGACUCUUUUGCAAGAAAAUGAAGAGGAAAAGCUAACAAAAGAAGAGGAAGACAUGGCUUGGGAAGUAUAUAGGAGAUCAUUGGAAUGGGAAGAAGUGCACCGAGUUUCUCUCGAUGAAUCCACUUUCGAUCGAAGGCCAUUUAUACCGAACGCUGUUCCACCUGCACCAGAUACAAGCAAACUACCAACAUCAAGCACGGUCCCUCCUGCACCGGAUAUGUCCACCUCUAAUAUUGUACCUUCUUCAAAAGGCAUUUUGAGGAGUCGUAUGGCGCAGCGAAAAUGCACUAAUCUUUCACACUUGCUAACACUUAGAAGUCAGGGCACAAAAGCUGGUUGUACUACCGUGUGUGGCGAAUGCGCCCAAGAGAUAAGCUGGGAAGAUCUCAACAAGGACAGCAGGGUAGCACGGUGAAGGGUACCGUUUUUUGUGCAUUGCUGUUCUUAUUAAUGUAACUUAUGGUGAUCGUAAAGGGCAGCAAUAAUUGUAUCCAUUUCAUUAAUUUGGCUAGCCAUACUUGUUGUGCCUAAUAUUUCUCAUUUUGGCUGUUUAGUUGUUGAUUGAUUAUAGCAAUCCAGGGGGUUUUUGGCGGGUUCGAUAUUGUAAAUUUAUACCUGAGGGAAAUAGGCAUAUGUAAAUUUGAGGUCAUUGUUGUUAUUCCUGACUUGUAGUUGUAAUGAAUGUUAAAUCUCAUUUCUAAUGAGUAAAAUAUUGCAAAAUAUGUCUGUUUGGCCGUUAUAGCCGUUGUAAA